AUGAAUGCUGUGAUAUCCUUGUGCCAUUUCUGUGAACUUCAUGGACCAGUCGUCUUAUUUUCUACCCAAGUUCUUGACCAAUCGUCUUUAGGUAAUGAAGCCAAAGACGCAGAAGAAGAAACUUGUAAAGUUGACCAAAGAAGUGUUGAAAAUAAUGAAAACCUCACUACACAGUGUUCCAGGUUUUUCAAUGAAACGAGUGUCAGAUGCUUUAAAAAGUGCUCCAAUCAUAUGAAUAAGACAGCUUUCAAGUGCGAUACUUGUCAAGCAUUCACCAAUUCAACAUCUGGAUUCAUAAGCAGAGAAUCAAAUUCACCACAAGUCUACCUAACUAAACAAAUCUCUACCAACACAUCACUUCAUUCAUCCAUUAAGCAAGCUUGUGUCAAAAGUAUUUCAUGUGAGCAAUGUCCAGGCCAGAUGGGUCCUCUGUUCUAUGGAGAUGAUGGAGAUGAUUCAGCAGCAGGUUACAGCACAAUCUGCUACAAGUUCUUCUUGAAAGAUUUCCAUUCUAGAGGCUUCAAAAGGAGUUACUGCAUCAACUUCCAAGCACAGGAUAAACAUUAUUUGUUGCAUUCCUGGAGGUUUCUUGUGAAGAAUCUUGAAGUGAUGGUGAAUGAAUUGAAACGCCAAGCUGAGAAUAACUUCAAUAUGGAGCAUGCUGAGCAUGGAAGUGUUUUAAGAUGUCUCUCACCCAUUCUGACAUCAUCUCCAUGUUCGAUGGCAUCAUCAUCAACUGCUGACCUGCAAGAGAAAUCAUUAUGCCAGAAUGAACCGACCAACAACAACAGCAGCAGCAGCAAAUUGACCAACUACAAACUGACCAGGUCACUCGUGGACAUCACUGGCUUUCAGGACAUCUUCAAACAGAUGCACCUCAUGUUUGUUUGGCUCCUGAAAGCAUACAGAGAAAGACUUGUCAUCUUGCAGAUGGAUCAAAAUUUGUACCUAAGUGAUUUUAAACAGAAUGAAAACAUUAUCGAUCUGAGCAGGCAGGAAGAGACAGAAGAGGGCUUUGUCAAGUUAUUUUGCUUGAAACAUCCUAGCACGUUGGCAGCAGAUGCAGCAGCUGGUGGUGACAUUAACAACCAUGAUGACGGUGAUGACAUAGAUGAUGAUGAUAAUAUGGCUCUCUUCACUCAUCCCAAAGAUCUUCUUCGAGUUCUAGGCCUUCAGAUGUUCAGUAAGUUGUUGCACCUGACGCUGAUUGGACAUCAGCUGAUCGUCAGAGCACGUGAUCGACCAAUCAUAAAAUCCGUCAUCGAUUGUCUCGUUAAUUUUUUGCCUGGACAUUUAGUGAAGAUAAAUUACUUCACUAACGACUACGCGAAUAACAGCGGGUUCAACUUCAUUGGAAUGCCUCUUGUACCUCUGCCCCCUCCGACCACGCGACCUUAUGCACUACUGGACGUCAGCGGCAUACACACCCUCAAGAAAAUUUCUCAACUGAACCGCUGCUCCAUUGCUAAAUGCUACGAAGACUCCAAAUUGCAAACAGAAGAACUAAUGCUGAGAUAUUACAUGCUCACCUCUGAGAAGUUACAGUUGCCAGCGAAACCACCAACUAUGUUGGAAAACAUUUUGAGGAUAAUGAUGAAUGAAUCGCUUGAUGACGCUGUUAUUGACCUCUGUCUGCUCUCGUUAAAAGAGGAUUGGCUUAGCAAAUCCAGAAUGUAUCAGCAGCACUUCCUUUCGGGCGAGAGAAAAAGUUGUUCGGACACAAACAGGUUUCUCCACAUCAUCAAUGCCAAAGAUGAAGACAAAAUACUAUUUAAAUACUGGGCAUCAGCUUGAUAGAAAUGUUUACUUCGCUAAAUGUAACUGCGUCGUCGUGCCUCUUCUCAACUAUCAUUCGUUCAUUCCCAUAUUCCACUAUUCCCAUCAGUUAUUCAGCCAUUCAUUAAUGUUUAUUUUAAAUAGAAUCGUAACAUUUAUUUUUUUACGUUGAAAAUAUUUUCCUACUGCCUAUUUGAUUUAAAAUUUUUGGUUUGAGCACACAGUGGACUAUUUAUUUGAAAAUUAAAAGAAAGUGUAAAUAGAAGCUUCGGCAAAAGAGAAGCGUUGCAUUUCCGUUAAUCGAAUAAAUACUCUAAUAAAAUUCUGGUAUGAUUUCGCCUGGCCGCAAAUAGGUGGUCUGUAAUUUUACAUUAGAAUACUGUUUAACGUUGUUCACAUUCUGAUACCGGAGAUGUUGGUGGCAGACGUCAUAUGCUAUACUCCGGCUCCGAGCAAGAAUUUCCGACUCCCAGAAAAAAUUGUCAACUUUUGCAUCAUAAUUUCAUCUAUCAAUACUGAAUAGAAAAUACUUUUAAAAACUACUAAAAAUAGUCAAUGUAAUUGUUUUUCUUUGUAAAAUUACUAUAUUUUUAUGUUUUGAAGCAUACUGAAAAAUUUGGUAAUUUUAUUGACAUUAUUAGCAUUUAUUUUCAGUAUUAAAGAUAAUUGCAUAUUGCUUCACAUAUAUUACUUUUCCAAAUAACACGAUCUUAAAAAAAUUUAUCAGAAAA